AUGGUGGAGGCACCUCAUGUUAAGUUGACGAAUGUGGUCUGCGAGGUCUAUAAUAAGUCCUGGGUGGCGGUCCAUUACUGCCGAUUGAAGGCCUACUCCCGAAAUAAAACUAGCUUACACAUAAACGCAACAGUUUUCGAGCCGGCCAACAAUAUCUCCGUCAGAAUUAAGUUUAUGAAAAAGGCCAAUGGCUAUAAGCCAUUUCUCUAUGACUUCGUGGUGGAUGGUUGCCAGUUUAUGCGGAGAAGGAACCACCCAGUGGCCAAAAUAAUCUGGAAUUUGAUAAAGGAUGUCUCGACAGUGAAUCAUAGUUGUCCGUAUGUGGGUUACCAAGCAAUAAGCGAUUUUUAUGUCAUUAAUAAUUUUCCGGUUGUUCUGCCAAGUGGAGAUUAUCUGCUAAUGUUAACAUGGAUUUUCUAUGGAAAACGACAGUUUGCCACCAAUGUUUAUUUUCGAUUUGUGGAGGACUUGGCUCCUAAACAUUAG